CAGUACGUACACCAAUUCACAAAAUUAAAAAGAGAGAGAGAGAGGAAUUAGGCUAUCAAGCAAUGGGCGUCCUGAAGACUUUACUCCUCGUAAUUGUUCCUCUAGCAUUUAUCUGCUAUCUUGUUCAAUCUGAUCAAAUGCCAUAUCUUGAUUUUGCAUCGGCAAUGUUUCAGGUCAUCGAAGAAGUGGUGGAUGCUUCGUUGCCACAACAAAUAGAUUGCGAUGGAGCUUGUGCUGCGAGGUGCCAAUUGUCAUCGAGGCCACACCUGUGCAAGAGAGCAUGUGGGACGUGCUGUGCCCGUUGCAACUGCGUUCCUCCUGGAACUUCCGGCAACUAUGAUGCAUGUCCCUGCUACGCCAAUAUGACAACCCACGGUGGCCGGCACAAGUGUCCCUGACUCACUGCCACUGCUUUUGCUCCUCUUCUCUCCUCUCUCUAUAUAAUCUAUCAAAUGGAUUAGACAUUGUGAAAUGAAUGAUACAUGAGUGAUAAUUUAUGGUCAUCUUUAAAUUCCCUGUAAAAUAAUUUGUACAAGGCAACAACUAAUAAGACCAAAAGAACAACUAAAACGGUGUCAUUUUGAAAGCAAUUCCCUACAUUUAAAUAAAAAUUGGUGGCUUUUGGCACACGCCAUGUGCACAGUC